AGAAUCCACACAGGAGAAAGGCCGUACACAUGCUCUGAGUGCGGGAAAAGCUUCAGUCGGCGCUCACACCUUAUCACACAUCGAAUAAUCCACACGGGAGAAAGACCCUACACAUGCUCUGAGUGUGGGAAAAGCUUUAGUCAGCGCUCAAACCUUAUCAAACAUGAGAGAAUCCACACAGGAGAGACGCCCUACACAUGCUCUGAGUGCGGGAAAAGCUUCAGUCGGCGCUCAAACCUUAUCAUACAUCAGAGAAUCUACACAGGGGAGACGCCCUACAUGUGCUCUGAGUGUGGGAAAAGCUUCAAUCACUGCUCUGCCCUUAUCAAACAUCGAAGAAUCCACACAGGAGAAAGGCCGUACACAUGCUCUGAGUGUGGGAAAAGCUUUAGUCAGUGCUCAAACCUUAUCAAACAUAGGAAAAUCCACAUGGGUGAGAAAUCUUAUGGAUGCUCUGAGUGUGGGAAAUGUUUCUUUCAUCAUUCAGACCUCAUCUUACAUCAGAGAAUCCACACAGGGGAGAAGCCCUACACAUGCUCUGAGUGUGGGAAAAGCUUUAGUCAGAGCUCUGUCCUUAUCAGACAUUGUAGAAUGCACAUAGGAGAGAAGCCCUACAUGUGCACUGAGUGUGGGAAAAGCUUCAAUCGGCGCUCAAACCUUAUCAGACAUAGGAAAAUCCACCUUGGAGAGAAGCCCUAGACAUGCUCUGAGUGCAGGAAAAGCUUCAAAAAGCACUCAAGCCUCAUUAGACAUCAGAAAAGCCACAUGAGAGAGAACUGUAAUAAAUCCCUUGACUAGGGUUGGCCAAAAAAAUUUUUUUAAAAAAAUCACAUUUGCUCAUUCCUACUUAGUUAUUUUUGUACCAUCUUCACCGUGGUCUCUCAGCUCCACCAGAUCAGUU